UUCUCCGUGGAGCACGGUUUACUCAACAAACCGACAUAAGAGAUGAAACGGAAGCACGAGUUUCUCCGUGGAGCACGGUUUACUCAACAAACCGACAUUAGAGAUGAGACGGAAACACGAGUUUCUCCGUGGAGCACGGUUUACUCAACAAACCGACAUUAGAGAUGAGACGGAAACACGAGUUUCUCCGUGGAGCACGGUUUACUCAACAAACCGACAUUAGAGAUGAGACGGAAACACGAGUUUCUCCGUGGAGCACGGUUUACUCAACAAACCGACAUUAGAGAUGAGACGGAAACACGAGUUUCUCCGUGGAGCACGGUUUACUCAACAAACCGACAUUAGAGGUGAGACGGAAACACGAGUUUCUCCGUGGAGCACGGUUUACUCAACAAACCAACAUUAUUAGAGAUGAGACGGAAACACGAGUUUGUCCGUGGAGCACGGUUUACUCAACAAACCGACAUUAGAGAUGAGACGGAAACACGAGUUUCUCCGUGGAGCACGGUUUACUCAACAAACCGACAUUAUUAGAGAUGAGACGGAAACACGAGUUUCUCCGUGGAGCACGGUUUACUCAACAAACCGACAUUAGAGAUGAGACGGAAACACGAGUUUCUCCGUGGAGCACGGUUUACUCAACAAACCGACAUUAGAGAUGAGACGGAAACACGAGUUUCUCCGUGGAGCACGGUUUACUCAACAAAUCGACAUUAGAGAUGAAACGGAAGCACGAGUUUCUUCGUGGAGCACGGUUUACUCAACAAACCGACAUUAGAGAUGAGACGGAAACACGAGUUUCUCCGUGGAGCACGGUUUACUCAACAAACCGACAUUAGAGAUGAGACGGAAACACGAGUUUCUCCGUGGAGCACGGUUUACUCAACAAACCGACAUUAGAGAUGAGACGGAAACACGAGUUUCUCCGUGGAGCACGGUUUACACAACAAACCGACAUUAGAGAUGAGACGGAAACACGAGUUUCUCCGUGGAGCACGGUUUACUCAACAAACCGACAUUAGAGGUGAGACGGAAACACGAGUUUCUCCGUGGAGCACGGUUUACUCAACAAACCGGCAUUAUUAGAGAUGAGACGGAAACACGAGUUUGUCCGUGGAGCACGGUUUACUCAACAAACCGACAUUAGAGAUGAGACGGAAACACGAGUUUCUCCGUGGAGCACGGUUUACUCAACAAACCGACAUUAUUAGAGAUGAGACGGAAACACGAGUUUCUCCGUGGAGCACGGUUUACUCAACAAACCGACAUUAGAGAUGAGACGGAAACACGAGUUUCUCCGUGGAGCACGGUUUACUCAACAAACCGACAUUAGAGAUGAGACGGAAACACGAGUUUCUCCGUGGAGCACGGUUUACUCAACAAAUCGACAUUAGAGAUGAAACGGAAGCACGAGUUUCUUCGUGGAGCACGGUUUACUCAACAAACCGACAUUAGAGAUGAGACGGAAACACGAGUUUCUCCGUGGAGCACGGUUUACUCAACAAACCGACAUUAGAGAUGAGACGGAAACACGAGUUUCUCCGUGGAGCACGGUUUACUCAACAAAUCGACAUUAGAGAUGAAACGGAAGCACGAGUUUCUUCGUGGAGCACGGUUUACUCAACAAACCGACAUUAGAGAUGAGACGGAAGCUAAACAGUCCCACAUAAAUAUAGAUGGCUUUUUGUGCGUUUUUUGGGUAAGAUUUUGUUUGUAAUUUAUGCAAGACAUUGGAUCUGCUCCACGUACAAUGGAACUAGUCUUUCUUUAUUUGAUCACUUCACGUUGGUUUCCUUGAUUUCCCCAAAACCCAUACAGCAGGGAAUUUGUAAAUCCGAUAAUAGAAAUUCGUAUUGAAAAAAAAAGAGAGAGAACGAAAAAAAAUGUUUAAGUUAAAUAAAAAAAGUGGUUCUUUUAUGGCUGACAAUGUGCAAGAUACGGAAAAUGAAUAAACGAUCCUCCCUGCUGCUCAUUCGCGCGUGUAAGAAUCCUGCUAUGCGGAUUAUUCGCUUGCCCGGCGCACCGCAGAUGUUCCUAGGCUUGAUGUGCGCGGUAAACAACUUGUUUUUCGGUUACGUAGUCAGUGAACGGUGAGACAGAAAGUACCUGGGUUUUCGGGGAUGAGAAAACAAAAUUAUUUUUAAAAGUGUUGUAUGUGGAAAGGACAAAAAAUGAUAAGAUGAACUUUUGACGUCGACGAUUCAAGCGAAAAGCUGCAAAAUAUACUCCUGUGUCUCAAAGUGGAAAACAAAACUCAGAAUAACAACAAAAAGAGGGCAGGUGUCCCAGUGCAAAAAAUCACUUCGACUUCUUGAGAAAAAAGUAUUCAUGUUGUUCAAUUAUUCGUGCUACCAUUUUACUAAAUGGGUCCAGGAAGGACAGAUAACUAGAACGGAAUUUACUAUCGUCGCUGUUCUAAACGGAAUCACAAUUCUUCCCGCAACUAUUCUCAAUGUACUUAUUCUUGUCUCAAUAUGGCGAACGCCAGCUCUUCAUAGACCGUCUAUAAUACUUAUGAGUAACCUCGCUCUCGCGGACAUUGGCGUAGGAGCUGUCGCCCAACCGUUAAUGCUCAUUUGGGCGGCUCUGGAGUUGAAUGUCGAGAACUGGCCGAUGAGCACGUAUUGUUACGUUGCCGCCUUUUUUGGCAACUCGGGUUCUGUUUUUGGCGCCGUUUCUCUGCUCAGUGUGACAGCAAUUGCCUUUGACAGGUUUCUUGCUUUACAUUAUCAUCUGAGAUAUACCGCGAUUGUUACUGUAAAGAGAGUUUCUUUCUUAUGCUUCAUUUUCUGGUUUAUUUCACUUUUAUGUGUAGUUGUUUGGUUUGUACUGGGAAACAGUAUUUACAGCUACAUGGCAGGUGCAGUUAUGGUUAUGUGUUUUGGAGUCGUCCUCCUGAGCUACUAUAACGUCUACAAAGUAAUUAAAAGACACCAGAAACAGAUCAAUACAGCACAGUCAAGCUUUUCUGAAGAAGCUAGCUCUGCUGGAGAAAACGCGAACAACAUGAAAAAGUAUAAGAAAUCUGUUUUAAACUCCCUUUUGAUUUAUUUUGUGUUCAUAGCCUGCUCCACACCUUUCGUUUGUGCCAUAACGUACUUUGAGAUCACUCAAGAUAAUAGUUUAUCGCCAACGCUCUUUAGACUUUCUACCUCACUUCUAUUCGCCAAUUCCGCCAUCAACCCUAUAAUCUACUGUUGCAAGAUGAAAGAGCUUCGAGAAGCCGUGUACCAGAGUGUCACGUCUCUGAACAAUCACUUAGGAAUCGCGAAGAUAGAAGAAAAGGAGAGACAUUAAAAAAAUAGAGGG